GAGAGAGAGACGGCGGCGGGGCUGCGAGCAGAGAGGAGAGUCCAAGGGUGAAGCCUUUAGAAGAAGCCUUGAGAAUGCAAGCAAGAGAAAAAAUGAAUCACUUGUGGAGGAGGAAAAGGAGAAGCUCGGAUUAGACAGAGAAAUGCCACUUGACCCAUUAUGACCUCUUCAGCUGAGGAAACUUGUUACACCUAGCACAGCACCUUCCCUCAGGAACAAUUAACGUCCACAGAAGCACCCAGGGGUAGCAGGACAGUGGCUGUUUGCUGUCCACACUUACCCCUUUCUGUUUUUUCCCUCCAUGUUAAGUUCCAAAUGUGUCCUGUAAAAGCUUUCACUUUGCAUGGAAGUUGGACUUGCCAGUUGAAAAUGAGACACUUCCAACUGAACUUGCUCCUCAUCUGUAUGGCAACCACCACUGCAAUUCCCAUUGUGCCCUGGAAGGUCAAGUGUCCACCACAGUGUGUCUGCCAGAUCAGGCCAUGGUACACGCCCAGGUCUGUGUACAGGGAAGCAGCCACGGUUGACUGUAAUGAUUUGUUCAUCUCCACAGUGCCUGAAAGCUUGCCAGAGGGGACGCAGAUCCUUCUUUUGCAAAGCAACAAUAUUGUCAAGGUCGAGCAGAGUGAACUGGGCUAUCUGAAAAACCUGACUGAGGUAGAUCUGUCGCAGAACAGCUUCUCUGACGUUUUGGACUUCGGCCUGAAGAACAUGCCCCGGUUGCUGAGCCUUCACUUGGAAGAAAACCAGCUGGCUGAACUGCCUGAUAACAGCUUCUCGGGCCUGGCUAAUCUCCAGGAGCUUUACCUUAAUCACAAUCAAAUACGCCGGAUUUCACCACAAGCCUUCGUAGGCCUUGGAAACCUCCUUCGGCUCCACCUCAACUCCAACUUCCUGAGGACAGUUGACAGCCGCUGGUUCCACGUCCUGCCCAGUCUGGAGAUCCUCAUGAUUGGAGGCAACAAAGUAGAUGCCAUUUUGGAUAUGAACUUCAGGGCCCUGUCAAAUCUGAGGAGUUUGGUUCUGGCUGGCAUGAACCUGAAGGAGAUUUCCGAUUAUGCCCUAGUAGGCCUGAAAAGCCUAGAGAGUCUGUCUUUCUAUGACAACAAGCUUGUCAAUGUCCCCAAGCGAGCCCUGCAGCAAGUCCCUGGUCUUAAAUUCUUGGAUCUGAACAAAAACCCACUUCAAAGGAUCAAGCAGAGCGACUUCACAAAUAUGCUGCACCUCAAGGAAUUGGGACUGAACAACAUGGAGGAGCUGGUUUCCAUUGACAAGUUUGCCUUGAUCAACCUGCCUGAACUGACCAAACUGGAUGUGACCAACAACCCUAAACUGUCCUACAUCCAUCCCAGUGCUUUCCAUCACCUGCCCCAGAUGGAGACCCUCAUGCUCAACAAUAACGCCCUAAGUGCCUUGCAUAAGCAGACACUAGAGUCCCUCCCUAACCUGCAGGAGAUCAGCAUCCAUAGCAACCCCAUCCGCUGCGACUGCAUCAUCCGCUGGGUCAACAGCACUGAGAACCGCAUACGCUUUAUCGAGCCUCAAUCCACAUUAUGCGCUGAGCCCCCAGACCUAAAGAGGAAGCACAUCCGGGAUGUCCCCUUCAGGGAAAUGACUGACAGGUGCCUGCCCCUCAUAUCUGACAAAAGCUUUCCUUCCCAAUUGGAGGUGGUGGAUGGUGAAGAUAUCUCUCUCCACUGCAGGGCUCUGGCAGAACCAGAACCGGAGAUCUACUGGGUCACGCCAUCAGGCCUCAAGCUGAUGCCCUACUCAGAAGAUGGGAAGUAUAAAGUAUACCCUGAAGGGACCAUGGAGAUCCGCAAGGUUUCAACACAAGAGGCUGGGCUCUACACAUGUAUGGCUCAAAACCUCAUAGGUGCUGAUACCAAAAGCAUCCGCCUGAUGGUCAACCGUUCUUUCCCCUUCAGCGAGGACAUGCUAGAACUGCUUGUGAAGGAAGUCCAGGCCUACCACAUCCUGGUUGCCUGGAAACCUCAUCUCAAUACAGUUUCUUCUAACCUGACAUGGUCCAGCUUCAAUCCCAGCUUGGAUAUGACGAGCGUGGCCCGUAUCCCGACCGGCACUCACACGUACAACAUCACACGGCUGCACCACAGCACAGAGUACUGGGCCUGCCUGCAUGUGGCCUUUGUAGACUUGCAGAGCAAGGUGGCCUGUGUCAAUGCCAGGACUAAAGAGGCUCAAUACCAGUACUGGGAAAGCAGGCAGGGUGCCCUGAUGGUGCUGUCUCUCUGUAUUUUGUUGCUGUCUGUUAGCCUUAUAGGCAACUAUGGCUUGGGUCCCUUCAAGCCACAAGCUGGGAGCCCGGGGACAUGCAGGCCAUGGAAAACAGGCUCAUCUUCAGUACGAGUAGUGUAUCCCACUUUCAUCCAACAAUGGGAUCAAGGGAGAAAGAGUGAGACGCUCCUAGCCAUGGAGGUACAAGCAACACCACUGGACUCUUGAAGGUCGAUGGGUUUUUGUUGUUGUUGUUUUCCCCGUGGAGGGUGGGCGAGAAGAUCUGGUAGAUUUUUUUCUUUUAAAUUACCAAAUAUCUGUGAGGGGGGAAAUGCUCAACUGUGAAAACAAUAAGCAUGGAGGAAGAAGAGGACAAGGCCUGGUGCGCCUUUUAUCCACCCAAAUCCCCAGUUUGGCCAAACUGAUUAUCCUUUCUGCCAAGACAGACAAUCCAUUGUUACGAAGAGGAACGUCAUGCCGAGACAGGUGGUGUCCAGAGUGGAUCGCAUGAGCUGAAAGCACCAAGCUCAGAAAAUCCCUCUGGAUCCUCUGGCAGCCCUAUUCCCAACUUGACUCUUUGCUCAGCAAAUGGCUGUUCCUUAGGAAAUACAAAAAGGCCUUCCCCUUUGGGGGUAACCAUCAUGUAUAGCUGCGCAUUGCCAUUGAGACUCCUGCACCAAACGCAAGAAGCCCAGUCUGGUGGGCUGCAUGAUCUGCCUCCUGGGGACCACCUCAAGGAAGGUGGAGUUCAUGGGAAGGCCAUCUGAUCAGGCGAGGGAAUCACAAGGUCACAGUAAUGAUCCUCAAAACGAUGAAUGCAUCUUUGAAUCAAUUGGCAACAUCGAUUAGCAAAAGUGGAUUGGAUUUCAACCCAAGAGCUUAAUUUCAAGGCUAUUUUGUAAA